CCUUUUUCGCCCGUAGCUGCCUUCUUAUACCUUCGUCUUCCCAGGUGGUUCGAAGCGGGGUAGCCAUAGGCUACUGAACCUUAAGUGCGCCCAGCCGAGCCAAUUGGCAAUUUCCGUCAAAUGGAGCAUGACAAAUCGAUGGCAAGUGGGAGUCCUUUGUCAGUCAACUUAUGCAAGAUCCUAUCAACGGCACUGCUCAAGCCCUUGUAAUUGCGGGCAGUGACCCUAGAGGAACUAUCUACGGCAUCUAUGAUGUCAGCGAGCAGAUCGGUGUGAGUCCAUGGUACAGGUGGGCUGAUGUGCCAGUACGGAAGCGGAACGAAAUCUUUGUGCUUUCAAAGCCCAAACUGCAACAAUCGCCUUCUGUUAAAUAUCGCGGCAUCUUCCUUAACGAUAAGCAGCCGGGUCUUUCUAGCUGGGUCGGUUCCCGCUGGGAGGCAACUUGGAACGAUGCCGCUCCUUAUAACCACGAGUUCUACGCCCUCGUCUCGGAACUGCUGUUGCGUCUACGUGCCAACUACAUAUGGCCGGCUCUCUGGGGUAGCAUGGUCUACGUUGAUGACCCUCUCAACCAACCACUACUCGAUGCUUACGAGAUAGUCCUUGGCGGAUCUCACACCGAGCCCAUGAUGCGAGCACAGAAUGAGUUUCGAACCUUCUACGAGGGAGAGUGGCAGUAUAACACCAACAACGAGACUAUCGACGAGUACUUUCGCUAUGGCGUUGAAAGAGCCAAGCCCUAUGCCCGAAAUAGCCUUUGGACUAUGGCAAUGCGAGGAACAGGUGAUACAGCUAUCGAAGGUGACCUCGGUGUCGAUGCAAUUGUUAACAUGCUUGAAACUCUUGUUGGCAAUCAACGAGAAAUCCUCCGAGAGGGCCUUGAGGUUGACAUACAUGGCUAUAUGAAUAUUCACACCGAUUGUCUUAUAUUCAUAUUAUAUUCAACUUAUCUACCAAAACAAAUAUUCAUAUAA